CUACAUUGCACAUCCUUUGUGUGGCCGCUGGGUGUCAGCGGGCCGUCAUUUUGUGACUGUCGCAAAACGGUUGCCACAGGAACACCGCCGCACACUUUACGUUAUACACGUGGUUCCUGCGCUCUUCCGUGCCCUUCACUGCUCCACAUCGGAUCCAGAGACGAUAAUUGAUCAAAUCUGAUCGAAAUCAUGACCAAACUGAGCAAAGAGAGCAAGCAGCGGCUGCAGCAGGUGUUCCAGUGCGGCCAGUUCAUCAUCCGCUGGGGUUUCAUCCCCACUGUGCUUUAUCUGGGAUUCAAACGGGGAGCCGAUCCAGGGAUGCCUGAGCCCACAGUCCUGAGUUUGCUUUGGGGAUGAAAACGCUCCUGACGGCCUUCACAGACGAAUCAGAUCCUCCCGCUGAACAUCCAAACUCACUGAAGAUUUCGAGACCAUCAUCUUAGGACACUGAGUGCUUGGAUCUGUGUUAUGUUAUGCCGGGAUAUAAAUACUUCGCUGUGUCAUCCACCCUCUGUUUUGUUUUGUUUUAAGACUUUUGCUGCUUCUUUCUAAAACAUUGUCUUGAGAAACACACACAACAUAACUGAAUUAUCUUUGUUUUUUUAUUUAAAUAGAUCAUUGUAAACAGUCUCAGGAUGUGCUCGACGUUCAGUUUCUAAUAAACUAAACAUGUUUAAUAAA